CAGAAGGGCGCGGGAGUCAUUUAUAAGAUCAACUGAUACAUUAAUAAAUCAAAUAAAUGAUAUGAGACAGAAUACGGUGUCGAUUGUACACAAUAUUUUAAGUUAUCUAUUUGUCAUCUCCAAUAUGACCUUGUGUUGUUAACACGUUUUUUAAACAUACCUUAAGACAAAAUGUCGAUAUGUCUGUACCCAAUGCCAGUAGCCUGAAUUUUAGCCUAUUACUUGAUGAAAUCGAAUCAGGUAAUAGUGGGUCACUCGCAAAUGUCAUUCGAAAGUUGCGAGAAAAUGAGGUAGCUGCCUACAAAGCUCAUGUUGGAGGUCCAACUGGUGAACUAAUUGCAAGUUUUAUAGCAGCACUUGACUUGCGGGCGUCUGAACACAAUGCAGAAAUAGAGAAAACCUGCAGCUAUCACUACCAAAGUUUCGUUGAUUCAACAAGAGAGCUGCUUGGUAUUCAGCAGAAUGCAGAAAACCUCGAAAGGGACUUACAAACGCUGAAUGUAGAAUUAGAAAUCUUGGUUAAUAAGUUUAGUGAAUCUUGCAACAAAUUAGCUGCUUGUAAACAAACUUUGGAUCAUGUCAAUCAGUGUAUCGAGGCGAUUCAAAUCAGCCUUCCCAUAUUGGAACAGUAUUCUCGCAUUGAACAAAGUAUUGCUGACGGGAGGUAUUAUCAUGCUUUGAAAAAUUUAGAGGAUCUGGAACACUCUCAGCUGGAUCUAAUUCGUCCAUUUGCUUUUUCUGAAAUUAUCAUACAUCGCAUACCAAAAACUAGAACGGGAAUCAAAAAUGCAAGUCUUGGUGAAUUGACUGACUUUCUUGAAUAUAUACGUAAGAAUUCAGUGAUUCUUGGAGCUUUCGCUAUGCAAGAAGCUGCACAUUCCUCUGGGAUAGACAGUGAAGCCUUAUUCGACACUUUAGCAACUAAUGGAUAUAAAGAAACACCACGUGAAAAGAAAAAGUCAAAUGCAAGUCAACUACAAAGCCAUGUGUCAAUGAAUUCUAAAACUCAGCAAAAAGGACCCGUUGGUACCUAUACUGAUGGAUUAGACAAUGAAUUAGAAAUGUUAACUCAGAUUGUCAAUAAUGCUAACAACAGUUCACGUGCUACUGUUACUGCUGCCAGUGAGCCAACACGUGCUCGAAUAAGUGAAGAUAUACGUAAUUCUUCAACACAUUCCAAAGUUGAAGAUUUAGUUGAUUUUGGACCAGUUUAUCGUUGUCUACAUAUUCAUUCAGUUUUAAAUGAAAGAGCUGAAUUUGAAAGACAUUAUUGUGCUCAACGACGAAAACAAUGCCAGCUGACCUUGAGUUUAUCACCAAAUCAACAGGUUGAAAUGCGUAAUUAUGGAGAAUUUUUCAGUGCUAUCUGUGGAUUUUUUGUUGUUGAUGAUUUUAUCCGGCAUACACUGUCUGGUUCAUCAGCAUUCUAUCAAACAUAUCUGGAUGAAUUAUGGGUGCAUACAGUAAAUCGUCUGGUGGAUUUUGUUCAUGCCAAUGCCAAAUCGUGUAAAUCACCAAAUGAUUUAAUUAAACUAAAAGAUUAUUUAAUUAUAUUUGAACGGACUAUGGAGAAUUUAGGUUUUCCAAUAUCCGGUCUAUCCGAGACAAUUGGUAUUGUUCAACGCUAUUAUCAUCGUCUUUUGGCUAGUCAGUGGAAAUCGAAAUUUGAAACGAUAGUUGCUGAAGACAAAUAUGAACCAAUAAAAAUUUCCAAUCCAGAUGAAUUAGCCAAAUUUCUUGAAGUCUAUCCACCAGGUGAUACGGUAGAAUUCUCUGAAUUACCCUAUCCUCGUCAGUUAUGUUUCUCUUGGAUGGUCCCGAAAAUAUUUCAAGCAGUCCGUGAAUAUAUUGAUUUAUGUCAUCGAUUUUGUGAGAAUAUGAAUCUUGCCUACACUGAACUCGAGGAUACAAUAAAUCGUGCUACAAAUUUUCUCUUCUCUCAAUGUCUCAAUGUUGUGCUGACCUCCGGUGUACAAAUGUAUUCACGUCAACUACCUCAUCUUACACAGUUUUGUAUAAAUUUAGAUGAAUUAGAAACUGUAUGUGGUCAUUUAGAUAAUUAUCUACAAUACAAUGUGUUAGAUGAUGCUUCUGGUGUGAGUAGUGGUCGAAUACGGGAUUUCGCUAUGACUAAGGAUAAUCAACAGGAUGGUGGUGGUGGGGGUGAUUCCGCAGCAGCAGCAGAUAUGAGUAUAUCAGUCACUACACUGAAUUCAGGAGCUAAUCCACCACGUAGUCGAUUACACGGUGCAUCAUUACUUAAAGAUAUACGUGUACUGGUUGAAGAUCAGAUAUGUAAUCACUUGAAGGAUAGUGUUGCAGAAUUUAUCAAUUUGAGUAAUUAUGAUGAUAUGGAUGAGAAUACUACUAACACGAAUACUAAUACUACUGUUAAUCAUAAUGGUACGACUACUGACCAACAACUAAUGUAUAAAACUCUGGAUGGUCGGAAUGGUAUUAGUUAUAGCGUAACUAGUGGAGGUGUACAAAUUAAACCAACUGAAAGCAUUGUCCAUUUAACAUCAUGGUUAAAAUCUGUAUUUGAUUCAUUUGCUAAUCUACCGCCGAAAAUUACUCAAACAGCUUGUAUAUCUGUUUGUAAGCAUAUUGCACGCUUGCUAUAUGAUGUGUUGUUUGGUUCACAAGUGCGUUCUCUCACUGAGACAGGUCUUCAACAAUUGAGUAUUGAUUUAUCUCUGUGUGAAUCAUUUGCACGUUCACAACCGGUUCCAGGCCUUGAUCGUACUACCUUAUGGUUAAUUUUUGCUGAUCUACGCCAACUAUUAGACUUAUAUCAUAAAGAUGAUUGGGCAGCGUAUAUUGCAUUUCGUAAAAGAGUUGACGGUUAGUUUGUUUGUAUAUGUAUGCAUGUGUGUAUAUUUUUCCAAUAUUUCAAUUCUUAACAGUUUUGCAGAUUAUAGAUUAAAAACUUGCCUAACUUCUUAAUUUACUAGCUGACCUGCUAAGCUGUAGAAAAAAUGAGAAGGUUGUUUUUUGAGGGAAUCCAGCGUUGUCCCUACCUGGAAAACAAACCCAGCCGAAUCGUCACAGUAACCUCAAAUCACAGAAAAAACUUAAGACAUACUAAAUAGCUUUUAUUUCAAGAUUAGUCAUGAAAAAAGGACUUCAUUUAUAGAAUCAUUAAAAAGCAGGGAGUACUGGAGGGCUGUUUUGUCCUUGUCUAAGCCUCUUCAUCAAUAUGCGUCCAUGACCCUACCAGGGGUCGAAACCAAGACCUGCGGGUUAUAAAAGGUGAGCUCAUAUACUUUCCGGCCAGUGGCGUGGCAUUGCGUACCGUUGAACAGUCCUGAGCAAGGACGAAACAGCUGUCCCAGCACUCCUCGAUUUUCAGUGAUUCGUUGUAGACCAUGUCCUGCAAAAUCAACUACAUCAACGAUUGAAAAUACAAAGAAAACUGCACAGACACAUUUUUAGGCGAACCUAAUUAAAGCAGACAGAUCAAGGCGUUCUCCUACUGAAGUCAGCAGUGGAAAAUUGCAAGUAACAACCUAUAAUGUGAUUAGAUGUCAUGCUUGUUGUCACCUACCAGUCAGAAAGGCUUGUUUGCAGUCUCUAAGGAACUCCUCCGCCUUCUAAGACUCGAACACGUGUCGCCUAGUGUGUUGCACUUACAAAUGUUAUUAAUGAGCUGUUCGGCCUCCAGAUUAAUCUCAUGUCGGACUGUAUUGAAUACUGUGAUGAUGGCGAGCAUAGUGGUGGUCACAUCGCAAAUUUGACUGAUACAAUCCAGUUUGCACCAGACAAAGGUCUAUGCGAACCAGAAGGAUUAGCAUAGCUUGGAAGCAAAACAGACAUCGACAUGCUUCCAGAUACCUUUGAAGGUUUGAAUCGAUUACAAAAUACCAAACUUUACCCCCGGUGAUAUCAAUAACCAUACUGAAAUGGUAGAAGAUGAGAGACUUGGAUAAAGGAAUCUUUAUUUGGAAUUCGGUAUCUCUAUAAUAUAUAGCCAAAUUAUGUCCAUCUUCUCUUCAGCGCACUGUAUGCACAGAUCUUCAGUGUUGUGGUACUUGUGGUUUUCCUUCAUAUUGUGUGUUUCUUUGUGUUACUUUCACGUCUGCCGAGUAUCUCCACAAUGCUGUAUCAUUUACCUUCCCUGACAUCACAUGUAUCUCCCUGCUAUUUGAUGUUUUUAUGCUGGUCGAUGAACGUCUCUCUCUAUAUAUAGUACUGAUAAACCUUAUCAAAAGUACUCGCCACAAUACUACAAAAUAUUUUUAGCCUAAGACUAUGUGUAAAGAAUCCACAUAAGUCUAUGAUACUGUUAUUCAGAUACACUUUAAAUAUUAUUCUGAGGCCACUGUGUAAUGUGACUGUUUAGAAAGUCUACGACAAUAGUAGUAUGAAGUUGAGAAAAUUGUAAGUAAAACACAAAAUAAUUGAGCAA